GACUCGAGCACUUGAGGUGAAAUUUGUAUGCUUAGUUCAUUACUAUCUCCUCGACUCGAGCGAAUUCUUACUCGAGUCGAGUAUUCAACUGUCAUAUUUCAAGGUACCUGCCGACCAACCUUGAGGCUUCCUCGACUUGUAAAAUCGGUGUUUCGGCCAUCUUUUUACGUUAUCUAUAGCUUGUUAUUGUCAUUACAUAAACCGCUGCGCUGCCUCAUUUUGCCUAACCCAGAAAAAAGGAAAGUUAUUUUAAAAUAAUGGAAGAUUUUGAAGAAUUUGAGGAGUUCAUUAAUUAUGUAUAUAAUGAUCCUUACGACUACCCAGCGCGACGUUAUUUGCGGGACGCUUCAAAUCCGAUGGAAUGCUACGAUGACGUGGAAUUCCAACAACGAUUCCGCUUCAGGAAAGAAACAAUGGUGAACACAAUAUUGCCGUUAACGGGCAUAUUACCCAAUGAAAAUAGCAGAGGUCUUCCCAUUCCACCCAUAAUACAACUUCUUGUUGCUAUGAGAUUUUAUGCAACAGGAAACUUCCAGAUUGAUUGUGGAGACCGCCACAAGUUGAGCCAAGCAGUGGCCUGCAAAAUCAUAGCCCGGGUUUCAAGAGCAUUGGCGCUGCAUGUGGGACAAUAUGUGAAAUUCCCACCAGUCAAUGAAUUGGCUGCGAAUAAAAGGAAGAUGUUCCAAAUUGCAGGAUUCCCAGGUGCAAUUGGAGCCAUAGACUGCACACAUAUAAGCAUAAAAAACCCUGACAGAGAACGUGGAGAAGUGUUCCGAAACCGGAAAGGAAAUUUUUCUAUCAAUGUGCAAUUAGUCUGUGGUCCUCAAAUGGAAAUAUAUGAUGUUGUGGCACGAUGGCCUGGAUCUGUGCAUGAUUCAAGAAUAUUUGCCAACAGUCGCUGCUACAUGAUGUUUGAAGAAGGCACCAUUAGUGGUAUAUUACUGGGAGAUAGUGGUUAUGCCCAAACUUCUUAUAUGUAUACCCCAGUCAUCAACCCCCGAACACAACCUGAAGAAAGGUAUAAUCGUGCCCAUAUAAGCACUAGAAAUAUAAUAGAAAGGGUGAAUGGUGUCCUAAAACGCAGAUUUGCGUGUCUCUCUAGGACAUUACAAAAUAGACUACAUAAUAUACCUAAUAUUAUAGUGGCUUGUGUAGUUUUGCAUAAUAUAAGUAUUAUGACAAAUCAAGAAUUGCCAGCAGAGCUCAUAAUGGCAGAGGAGAUUCCUGUGGCAGUAAUUCCGGAUAAUGAGCGUGGAAGCCUGAUAAGGGCUGCAUUUAUUGGUAGACAUUUCACUUAAAUUAGGUAUUGAAUGUAUUGUUUUAAAUGUUAUUAUCCAAUAAAACAAAGAUCAUUCACUCAUUGACUAAAUUUAUUUUUCCUUAUACCUAACAUUAUUUCUGCUUCUUCACGCUUUGCACGGCUACAGCGAAGAACUUCCUCUGCAUUUUCUCUUUCUAAAACAGCCUUUUUAUAUAGUUCCUGUGCGGUUUUGGCUAGCCACUCUCUCUCCUCCAUUUUUAGUCUGUGGAGUUCCUCUUCUCUCUCUUGAGCUCUUUGGUAAUUUUCUCGCCUCAGGCCAAACU